UGGCAUCCAGUGUGGGGGGUUGUAGAUUGAAUUCUCCCUCGCGAGACCCGCAGAGCAGUGCCAUUUGGAACGCGACCCUGCCCCUCCCGGCUCCUGGAGCGUGACGCCCCUCCUCCUUACCCCGAGGCCUGUGGCGACUGGGUCCGUUGGGGCAGAACCAUGGAGGAAAAGCCUUUCGACGCGUCUUUGGGCAGCCCUGGCUCAAAGAUAUCGAGCCCAGACACUGAGGUCCGGAAUCUGUGGACCGAGGCCACGCUGUCGCAGUCGAAGCUGAAUGUGCCCAAUGCCUGCGAGGACACCGACCUGGAGGGCAGCAGCGUAAGCAGCAAGACUCCCCACCAGCGGUACAACGGGAAGGCCGGCCACGACUUGAACAGUGGUUCGUUAGCAUGGGAUGACGGAGAUGACCAGGACAAUUUCAAGCAGGAGGAGUUGGACGAUCACGAUCACUCCUUGUUGGAGCUGGAGCUACGUCAGGGAAGCUCCCAGGGAAGCCAUUUAGAGGAGCGGGACGUCGAUUCCAAGACCGAGAGUGAAAUAUCUUCCUCAGAGUCAUUGCUCAACAUCUCGAACUACGCAGCCCAUGAAGCCUACUGGGUGGAGCAGCAGAACAGGCUGCCCCUGCCUCUGAUGGAACUCAUGGAGAAUGAAGUUCUGGAAAUCCUCACCGAGGCCCUCCAGAGCUACCGGUCAGCUAUAGGCUGGGACCACUUCCUGACCAAGCAGCUGCGGGAAUCCGUCAAGGGGCUCAAGAGGCGCCAGAGCAAGAGGCUGCACCUCUAGGCGUCCUGAGAGCACCGCCUCGGGCUCGAGUGACAGCCCGACUCCAGCCCCGGGUCCUUGUCUCGUCCCCAGACCCAAACCUGACCCAGUCCACGUGGAAUUUGAGUCCUAAAGAAAUAAAAGACUCUGUGCACAGUC